AUGAAAAAAAAAGCUCCUACGAGGAAAAGAAUGAAUUAUGAGGAUGCGUUGAAAGUAGCAGCAAAAGAAGAAGUGGCCUUUUUUGGAUAAUGCUCGAAGUUCAAAGAUAGACCAUCUGAUCCUGCUCCAAUUGAUAGAGCAAUACAUUUCCUCUUUUUGAAGGAGAAUAAUGUAGACAGAAAGACAGCAUUACAAUUUGGAAUGCGAAGACUGUGUAAAAUUGAUAGUACUAGAAAAUUUGAUGGUCCUGCUGAUUACAGAAUCAUGAAGACGAAUAAAUUGCUAUCUGGAGCAAUUAACGGAUGGUAUAACGGAGCAGCUGAGGCUAAGUUUGAUUUAGGUUCUGGUUUUACUAUCGAUAUUGCUAAUAAACAAGACAAUAGUUUUCAUUUGAAAAAUAACAAUCCUGUCGAUUUAAGAGUCUAGACUUCAGAAAGAGACAAGCUCACUAUGCAAAGGUUUGAAUUCUCAAAAUUAAAUUCAGAGAGGUUGACUUAAGAAUUGAGUAAAUUAAAAGAGGAAACGUAAUAAAAAAGCAAUCAGCCCAAAUUAUAUGUUGAAGUAGCUGGAUAAAAGUUAUUUCACCUUCUCGAUUAGGACAACUCCAAACCUUCUCUUUUAUAAGAAUUCAAAGCUUUUCCCUCCAUCGAAGAUAUUGUGAGACUCCAUCAGGUCAAAUCACUUGACAAAAUUGAAUCAAUGAGCAAUCUUCAAGAAUCAAGUACAUCAAGAUUGAGGUAGAGAGCUAUGACUAAUUUGCAUCAUUAAAAAUAGACAAUCUUUUAGAAGAAGAGACUGUCUGCUCAACCAGAUGAAGACCCACAGAAGAUAUAUAAGAAGCUAUUAAAACAAUUAAGAUCUGAUGAUUAAUUUACCGUGUCUUCUUAAUAACCAAAAAGGAUGUUAUAUGGUUAAAGUAAUCAUGCAAAUACUUCCAGAAGGAAUUCCUAGCAGUCCUUCUUCUUCAAUUUAACGAACAAAUAGACAGUCCCUUCUAACACUAGCAUCAGCAAUUCGCAAUAAAAUUUAGAAUCCAAUUGUAUUAAGAAACAAUUUACUCAAAGGUCUUCACAAUUGGAAUAGGGGACUUGUUUUGAGUAGAAAGUUGAAACCUUUAUUAAAUAAAAGCUUAUGAUUUAAAAUUCAAAGUCAUUAUCUCCAGAAAUAGAUUGCACAAAUUUAUAAUAAAAAUAGGAUUUAUUCAAAUAAUUGAAAUUGAAAGAAAUAUAGAGAAUAUAGAAAGGAAGAAUAAAUUCUUAGAGAUGA